AUGGGUGGACACCUACCUGAACUGUGGACUCCUCUACUAUGGUUCACAAAACAACAUCACAGCUACGACGCGCUGUUUACUGAAACGAUCAGCACGUUGUUCUAUGGCGUCGGUAACCUAAAGGACUCUGUUCGCCAUUUCAUUGCCAUCAUGGUCGGUUUUCUGUUGCAUUCGAAAAACAGCGUAGCUACUUUACAGAAUGCCAAUCAAAAAAAAUUCGAACUUGUAAUAACUGUUUUGAAUGUAAGCUGUUGUUGUGCCUUUCUGCGAGAACUAGGCAUCCAGUUAACUGUCACUCCUUCAGUGCCAAUUAGAGAAGUUAGUAGGAUGUUUUGCUGA